AUGGCAGACAUCCCCGGCCCCCAACCCACCCCCAUCCCCUCGCUCAAACUCAACGACGGCACCUCGAUGCCCAUGCUGGCCUACGGCACGGGCACGGCAUGGUACAAGACGGGCGACGAGGCCCGGGUCGACACUGCCGUCGUCGAUGCAGUCAAAACGGCGAUACGGCUUGGGUUUCGGCAUUUGGACGGUGCGGAGAUGUACAAAACCGAAACCGAGCUCGGCAUCGCCAUCCAGGAGAGCGGUGUGGCCCGCGAGGAACUAACUCAGGCGCUGCGGACGAGCUUGAAGAAGUUGAGAGUGGAUUACGUGGAUCUUUACCUCAUCCACUCCCCCUUCUGGGCCCAAACCCCCACCGACCUCCAAACCGCCUGGUCCACAAUGGAAAACCUCAAACACCUAGGCCUCACCAAAUCCAUCGGCGUCUCCAACUUCCUCCCCGCCCACCUCUCCACCAUCCUCCAAACCGCCCGCAUCCCCCCAGCAUGCAACCAAAUCGAAUUCCACCCCUACCUCCAACACCCGGACCUGCUCGCCCUGCACAAAGCCCACGCCAUCGCGACCGUAGCAUACGCCCCGCUGACGGCAGCCACGAAAGCGAAACCCGGGCCCGCAGACGGUAUUCUGAAGGCGCUGGCGAAGAAGUACGGUGUUAGUGAGGCGGAGGUGAGUCUGCGGUGGUGCAUCGAUCAGGAUGUCGUGGCUGUGACGACGAGUGGCAAGGAGCAGAGGCUGAGCGAUUAUUUGCGCGUGGCGCGGUUCAAGUUGACGCCGAGGGAGGUUGAUGAGGUUAAUGAGGCGGGGAGGGGGAGGCAUUUUCGGGGGUUUUGGACGAGGAUGUUUGAUGGAAAUGAUAGGACUUAG